CUCAACUUCUAGAUAAGCCCUCCGUGAGAAAAAACAAUCAUCUACCAAACAGUCUCUUCUUCUGCAAACAUACAAGAAAGUGUUUUAGGAUGACGAGCAGUGAGGACUAUAGUUAUUCCUUGGAAGGAGUAAGUAUCAAGUAGAUUGCUAGACUGAAAUUAUCUUGUUUUAAAGCAAAUAAGGCGUUUUAAAUAAGAGCAUAAAAAUAGGCAAGAUGUUAAGUGUAUCUACAAAAUCAUACAAGCAAGUCUUUCUUUUAUAGGAGAACUGUCAAUGCUAUGGAAUUUACAUGAUUGAUUAAAUUAUAGAAAAUCACUUAUAAUGUGUUAAACCUUUCUACAUGUUUUAUUUUACAUUUAUAUUAAAGAUUUAGCAAAUAUUACCACAAUCUAAUUUAGUCCAGGCACAGACAUGGCAAAUAAUGCAAAUCAGGAGGAGAAAUAUAAAACAUUGUUUCAUUUCUCUCUUCAAUGUAUGCUUUGUUUGUGCAAAGGACCCGGUUUAUAACAUGAUUGACAGGACACUAAGAUCGAGGCGCCCAGUUUCAGGAUAAACAAGUGUGGAUUUCUGUAUUUAAUGUUAUAUUAUACAUGUAACAAAUGCAUAUUUCUAAAAUAUAGGGAUAACUAAACAUAAUAAUAAUAAUAAUCUAAUGAAGUGAUAUUUCCCCUUUAACCAUGUCUUCUGUAGACAUUUAAGGCAGCAGGGCUGUGCUACAAUUAUCCAAAUAUGACAUAAAGCCUGAUUAAUGCUUAUCUGUUAAAUUCAUACAUUAUGUAAUGAUUCGCAUAUUGAUUACAUAUAAAAAAAUAUUUUAGACUGCAAAUGGUGAAUAUAAUCAGAUGACAUACAUGUUUCAUGCGGUCAUAACAUUAGCAUUUUUUUUUAGCUUUAUUGCCUUUUGAAUAUAAAGCUAAUUUGCAGAACAAACUUUGAAAAAGGUUCCCCUUAAACAGUGAAUUAAUACUUUUGUUUAAUUUUUGUUGUUUUAGCACAGUGCAAUCAUUAGUUCGAGUGCAGAUGUUGUAAGUUUUAUUUAAAGUUUAAAAAAUCACAUUCGUUACUAAUCAAUUAAAAUACUAUGAAAACUAUUUAAGAAUUUUUUUAGUAAUAAUUUCUUAAAUGUCAGUCUAUAGUAGAAUCAAACAUUCCAGCAAGCUGAAGCAGUCGGAUGCUUCGAGUGACCCUUUAAAUGAAUUACCUUGUGUCUCAAUAAAAUAAAUUAACUCUGUCUAUAUCUAUUCAUCCAUACAUUGCCCAUUCAUCGUUCGUUAGUUCUGUCUGUCUGUCUAUCUAUCUAUCAGAGUAAGACUCAUAGGAGGUAUCUAUCAGAGUAGGACUCAUAGGAGGAUAUGGUAUGUUUGUCUAUUAACUGUAUUCCAGAGAACAUCUUCACACAUCAAGAUGUUAAAGACACUAAGUUAUCUAAUGUAGUGUUAUUUUAAUGUACUUGUUUGUAAAAAUUAUGAAAAACCUAAUCACAACAGACAUUUUUUUUAAGUCUAGCAAUUUUUUAACACAGUUCCACUUUCAGAGCAUUGUAUGGACCAAUUGCACUGUCUCUUUUUUUCUCAGGAGGAUUAUCCCACAGAUUUGCCAUCCUUCUCAGAAGAUGUCACUCCUUGCAAGCCUGGGUCACCCAGCGAAUUCAACCAGAUCUUAAUGUUGGUAGCAUUUGUGGUUGUAUUUACGCUAGAUAUGUUAGGGAAUGGACUGGUGAUAUAUGUCUUGAAGAGAAGGGUCCAUGUGUGGCAUUUGUCUGACCAUUAUUUAUUCCAGCUUGCCAUCUCUGAUAUACUACUGGGUCUGACCCUACCAUUUUGGACCACACAGUAUGUCUAUGGUUGGGUGUUUGGUCUGGUCCCAUGUAAGCUACUAGGGGCUCUUUUCACCAUCAAUAUGUACAGUAGCAUAUUUUUCUUAACCUGCAUUGGGUUCAAUCGAUACAUUUCAAUUGUGCAUGCAGUUGAGUUACACGGAAAGCAGAAACCUAUUCACACCAUCUUCAUAUGUGUCUUCGUCUGGGUAACAUCAUGUUUAUUGUCAUGGCAAGAACUUUUUUUCAGAGAUGUAAGCUACAUCAAACACAUUAAGAAUUUUGUUUGUUAUUAUAACUUUAAACCAGACCAAGCUGAUACCUGGAGAAUUACGUUGCGUCUUGUAAACCUAAGUGUUGGGUUUCUUCUUCCAUUGGGUCUCAUGUCUUUCUUCUACUCCAAAAUUUUUUGUACACUCCGACAGUCUAAGCUUAACCAGUCCCGACGUCCUCAGGUUGUCAUUGUGGUGCUUCUACUUCUUUUUGUUUUUUGUUGGGCUCCAUACAACACACUGCUACUUAUCGACUCUCUUCAAAGACUGGGCUACAUCAACAGAGACUGCCAUUUUGAGAAGAUGCUGGAUAUGGGAGUGUUCAUCACAGAGAAUUUGGGGAUGGCUCAUGUGUGUGUAAAUCCUUUUGUUUAUGCAUUUGUUGGAGUGAAGUUCAGGAAGGAAAUAUAUAAGUUUUUUAAGAAAAGUUCAAAACAUGUUGCACAUUCAGGAUUACUAAGCAGCAAAGAAGGAACAGUAAUGUCAGUUGAACAAAACCUUUCAUUUUCCAGAGUUAUGUGAUUGAAAUAUACAUUGUAUUUUAAAUGUCCAAAGUGUAUCUUUCCACCACCACCACCACAAAAAAAUAUAUAUAUAUAAUUUUUGAAAAUGGCAGAAAAAAAGAUGCACAAAGUAUUAGCAUAAAAACCUUCAAGAAAAUAAUCUUAGCCAUUUCCACACGUGUUUGGACAUUUUCUGUUUUAUUACUUAAAUGACAAUUGUCAUCAAACUUCUAUUUAAUUUGAUGAUACUUUAUGGUAUUUGUUUUCUUUUUAAAAUUAUGUAUAUUGGAUUUUUUCACAAAUUUUUACUUUUUUACCUGGUUAUAAAAACACGUUUAGUCAUAUUCUACCGUUAACUGACCAGCUGCUGCUCAACCUAACCUGCUUGCUGUUGUGAUUGCUCUGUGAGAUCUGUGGGAACCUGCAGCAGCAGGCAAGUUAGGUUGAUCAGCAAUUGGUCUCUAAUCUCCUCACCGGACUAUUAAGGGACUUCAUUUUAUGUUUUGGCUGCGCUCAUUGAACAUUGGCCUUCAAAAGGCUGGGGAGAUCCUUUGAUCUCCCUGGUCGGCCUUGGCCCUUGGCAAUUGCAGCCCACAUGGGUAUUUCCAGUCCAGGCUUGGUAGUUUUGUAGUUCUAAUUUGCUAAGUUAGUCCAUUUAUUGUUAAAUAAAUUGUUUAUUUUGUUUGUAAGGUUUGUUUUGAUAUUAUAAUUUAUUAUUUCUUUUUUGUAAGUAAAGUAGUUGUAAGUAAGACUGGAGAAGGGUAGAGUUGUAGAGAGUAGCGUUGUAUGAAAUAGUUGCAAAAGAGUCUAGUGGUAAAGUUACAGGGAGGCACUAGGAGUAGAGUUGUAGAGAGUUGUUGUAAAAGCAGUAAGGGGCAGCAUUUUAUGAAUUAACUUUUUUUUUUAAGUUGGUGUAUAGUGUUUUUGUAUAGUUGCAAGGCAAAUUACACGAAAACUACAGUUAUGUUAGCACUUAGGGGGUAUUAAUUGGGGUAACACUUAGGGCAAAAUAAUAAGGUGAGCUAAAAACCUAAUCACAACAGACAUUUUUUUUAAGUCACUAAAAACCUAAUCACAACAGACAUUUUUUUUAAGUCUAGCAAUUUUUUAACACAUUUCCACUUUCAAAGCAUUGUAUGGACCAAUUGCACUGCCUCUUUUUUUCUCAGGACGAUUAUCCCACAGAUUUGCCAUCCUUCUCAGAUUUGCCAUGCUGUUGCCUAGCAUAUUUAAAAUCUUGGGUUAGUACAAGUGAAAUGGAAAACAUCUUCAAGCCAGAUGUAUUUUCAUUUCAGCUAGUUUGACCUAACAGUACAAAUUCACUUUGAACAAAUUAAAUUCCUGCCAAUUCACACUUCAAUGAAUAGCACUGUUAUAGGGAGAAGUUGCAAGGACAUGUGUUAUAUACCAAACCGUACUGAUAUACCCUCUGCCACUUUAGGUUCUAGACGAGAGACAUAAGACCAAACCCUAGACCAAUAUUUUAAAUGGAACAUGCCGCAUGUAAAAUACCUUAAAGAGGAAGUUCUGCCUAAAAUAAAAAUGAAAUAGAUAUGUUGUAAAAAAUUUUCAUUUUUAAAGGGACUAUCUAGACACCAUAACAAUUUCAUAUCAUUCAAUUGGUUAUAGUGGUUGGUGUCCUCACGGCACUGCCCCGCCAUUCAAUGUUAAACUAUUUUCAAGAAGUUUAACAGUGAUUGAGGAUCCAUGUCCUCAUUGAAGGUGUGGCUAAAACAGAAACGACACACUUACUUCAAGCCAUACCAAUUCAUACCUGCAAUGGCAGCUGUGAGAGAUGAAGGCAGUCAACUGACAUUCUCAACCAAUCACAGCCGCCCAUUGCUUGAUGUUGGGGGUAAUGCCAGUAAUUUAUUAGUUGACAAAGGCAGGAUGGACAGGGACAGUUGGGCUCAUCAUCCCAGGGACUUGUCCAGCAGCCCACUCUUGAACAUUUUGUUGGGGUUAAUUUCAGAGGCAUGUCACAGAAAAAGAGAUUUAUGGUAUGGUCCUACUGGACUGGCUUGCACGCCUUGCUCUCCUUAAUGGCACACUGGUGACAGCUCACAAUGCCUGGGUAUGGACGUAGUAGUGGAGGAGGACCAACAAUACCGGCAACCAUACUUGAUCAUUACAUAGGGAUUGCCAGGCAUCUCCACAUUAUUGUGAAGGCUUACCAAGUCUUGAGACUGGAGCAAGAUAAAACGGGGCUUUCCACAUACUGUCUAUGACAGGAUCUGAGAAUGUGGUGGAACUCUACUUUAGACAUGCUGGAAAUAUUUUUUUGAAUAGCAGAAAGCAAUCUAUUCCAUAGCCUACCUUUCUGACCAGUACACUGGCAUCCUCACUGGGGUUGGAGAGGUGGACAAUAAUAGAGCAGCUAGUGACAGUACUUAAAUCAGUUAGAAAUGUUUCAGAAAACCUGAGUCACAGUAAUCUCAGUCUGGGACAGGUCCUCCCCUUUUUCACCAAAAUAUAAUUAUUCCUUUUGCUCCCACUUUUUUCAAAUACCUUUUACUGUAGUGAUUUCACCGUUGGUCUGAGUCAUCCAAUGUCAUUACACAUGCUAGUUCCCCAGACGCAGAUAGUAUUCGCUGAAAGGGCACUGUUUUUUCCCACACUGAAGGAAGAGUCACUCACUCUUUAGACUGGAUGUGUGGAAAGCUCAGGGUGAAAGUGGUUGGUCAUCAAUUGCCCACUGAUGUUUUCCAUUACUUUUUUAAACAUAUCAUUAUAAACAGUUAUUACCAGUUUAAGUUGCAGGUGUUUGUGAGAGAGUAUGCGACAAAUAGAAUAUAUUCAUACUUGAGGCUGUUUGUAGUGACCAUUUAGGGAAGAACAUUUAUGCAGAGUGCAACUCUGAAGACACAAUUAGAAAGAAGAUCAUCACAGUCCAAACAGAUACCCCUGAUAUAAAAAGAUAAACACCCCAUUAUAUUGAAGAGAUGGUACGCAAUCUUCAAAAAACAUAUGAUUUUAAUUGGCAUUAAAUUAAUGAUGGGAUGAACCAGGAGUUGUAAUUACAAUUAUUAUUUUUUCUUCUCUUCUGGUAAUACUCACCCCAUCUUAAUGAAUUAAUUGCCUAUCCUGGGUACCAUCAUGAACACUGCAGUAAGUUCUUUUUGUAAUUGUUAAACAUUCUUAUUGAAAUAUUUAGUUGAAGCAAUGUGUUGUUUUAAGUGCUAAGUUAGUCCAUUUAUUGUUCAAUAAAUUGUUCAUUUUUCUAGUAAGAUUUGCUUUAAUUUUAUGGUUUAAUAAUUUGUUUCUCUUUUUUUUAUUGUAAUGUUUUUGCCCUGCCUUGCUUAGCCUUGCGGUGUGAUUAUGGCUUUGCCUGAUAUUUUAAAAUGUUGGCAUUGCAGCAAUUUUUUAUAAUUUUUUUGCAAUGUAUAAGUAUAGUAAACAAAAUCUACUUAUUAUAGUAUUUUAUAUGUUUUUUUUAUUUUAUUUUAUUGCAUAACCUGUUUUAGAAUGUUCUUUGCACCCUAUUGUUCUGGGUUAUAGCUUCAGUACCAAAUUGCUAUAUGUAGGCUCUGUAUUGAACCUGACAAACUUGGUAUAUCGUAGAGAGAGAGACAA